UCCUGCUUUCACAAUUUCACAGUUCUCUAACCUCUUUAUUUUCUUUUUUCUUCGUCUCAAUAACUUAUACCAAAUUCCUUACUCUAACUACUCAGCAAUGCCUUGGUCAGGUCCUGCUCUUCUCUUCGUCAGGAGAUCCGCAGAGAUUGGCUCAUUAAGUAAAGGAUCAACUGAUGUUAAAAUAGCUGUGAGGAAUGGAGAAGCUAGGAUUGUUAUCUUGGCCCGUGACGCACCCCAACACUUGAGAAAUGAGAUAUCUACACUGUGCGGUCCAAAUUAUAUCUCCAUAUAUGAAGUGCCAAAUAGUGUUGAGUUAGGCAUCGCUGCGACGAUUAAUGGCGGUCCUACACCCAUUUGUGCACUUGUGGCUCCCGAUCAAGAUGAUGAACUUCAGGACCUGAUCAGAUCAUGGGAAGUCAUCCUCCGUGCGAUUUGGUCGCUUCAUUUUUACUUGGCUGGUUACAACCCUUAAAAGGAUAUAUUGGGUGCUUUUUCUAUUAUGAAGCUACAUUAGAUUAUAAAUAAUCGAAGCAUCUGUCAUGGCCGGGUGGAUUUGGGUUUAGGCGUUUUAAUAUUUUAUCUGAAGAUCAUUACAUAUUUUAUCCUGAUGAA